CCGGUGGCGCGGCAGCACUGCGUGGCGGCGCUGGGCGGCACGAGCGUGGCGGUGAAGGCGCUGUGCGGGGCUGUGCUGCUGCUCUACGCGCUGUCCUUCGCGGCCGACACGGCCUCCGCGCUCGGCGUGACGCCUGGCUACCUCUUCCCGCCCAACUGCUGGGUGUGGACGCUGGCGACGCACGGGCUGGUGGAGCGGCACGCGUGGGGCGUGGGCCUGAGCCUGGCCACGCUGGCGACGGCGGGGAGGCUGCUGGAGCCGCUGUGGGGGGCCCUGGAGCUGCUUGUCUUCUUCGCCGUGGUCAGCGUGUCGGUGGGGGUGUUGGGGGCCUUUGCCUACCUGCUCACCUACGUGGCAUCCUUCAACCUGGCCUACCUGUUCACCGUACGCCUGCACGGCACAGCUGGCUUCCUUGGUGGUGUCCUGGUGGCCCUCAAGCAGACCAUGGGGGACAGCACGGUGCUGAAGGUGCCGCAGGUGCGCAUGAAGGCCGUGCCCAUGCUCCUGCUCCUGGUGCUGGCCGUGCUGCGGUUGACCACCCUGAUUGAGGGUGCCGUGUUGGCCUCCUACGGCUUUGGCGUCCUCUCCAGCUGGGUCUACCUGCGCUUCUACCAGCGGCACAGUCGGGGCCGUGGGGACAUGUCGGACCACUUUGCCUUCGCCACGUUCUUCCCUGAGAUCCUGCAGCCCGUGGUCGGCCUCGUGGCCAACUUGGUGCAUGGUGUCUUGGUGAAGGUGAAAGUCUGCCGCAAGACAGUGAAGCGUUACGAUGUUGGUGCUCCCUCAUCCAUCACCAUCAGCUUGCCUGGAACGGACCCCCAGGAUGCUGAGAGGAGAAGACAACUGGCCCUGAAAGCGCUGAAUGAGCGGUUGAAACGUGUGGAAGACCAAUCAGUGUGGCCCAGCAUGGAGGAUGAUGAAGAGGAGGGUGCCAAGGAGGACAUCCCGCUGCUUCCGGAGAAGGAGGAGAGCGGCCGAGAUGCCAGCAUUGCAGGAAAAGGAGCCAGCCAGGAGUCUAGUCUCAUCACCUUUGAGGAUGCCCCUCCUCAGCUGUGACCUGCAAACACCCCCCCCACACACACUUUCUUCUCCCAUCUCUGUGUGUCGGAGAGCUGCUACCAAUCCCUUGUGUCUCUUCACAGCACUGUCUGCUCCCCAGGGCCCUUGUCUGCAGGGAGCAGGGGACUUCUCCAGUUGACUGAGAGGGUGGGGGGCUACCUCAGUUCAGUACCUAAUAGCCACACUUGGUCAAUACCAGUUUUCUGGACUCUUGGUGGUAAUCAUGGUCACCACUGACCUUGUGAAAAGGAUCUCUCUGCUGAUGGGGCUCUGGUUCAUGUUCUCUUCAGUAGUAGUGUGAGGUUCCUCAGACACUAAAAGCUGGAGAUGGAUCUCUGUGAGGGCAGAUCUCCCUACAUCUCUUCAGCACAGGAUAUGGACUGAUUUUUCCAGAAGGGCCUUGUGCUGGCUGCUUAUGCCAGCGGCUGCUACUGUGGCUAACAAUGUGUAUGCUUCAGUGUCCAGGUCUCACCAGCAGCACACCAUCUGGGUGUGCAGCAUUGGACUGACCCUUUCCCCACGUGCUAAGUGGAUCUGUUCGUGUAUGCUAGACCACUAAAUAAACCUUUCAGCACCUGAGAGAGCAAAUUCAGCAAAUGACACAACACUUUCUCUCUUAGUUUGUGAUGGUGGUUGUUCAAAAGACCCUGCAACCUCCAUUUCCCCUUUUUAAAGUUAAUUGUGUUACUUAUCUAAAGAGCAGGAAGCUUUUUAUCCCCUUUGUUAUAUUUAACUUUCUCCCACCUGCCCCAUGGACCUGGCAGUAACAUGCCAGGAUAAAUUCCAGAAUUAGUAAUUGCCAGAAUUCCUGGAGAGAGAAGAUUUUUUUUUUUUUUUUAGGGACAAAGUUAUUGCUUGUGCUGCUCACCCUUGGAGUGGCCUUGCUUGAGUUACUGACUCAAAAGCCUGGGGAUCUGGAGCAGUCUGCUCCUGGCUUUGAGACUAGCACAUGGGAAAAACAAAUCAACCCCAGACUUUCCUUGGGGAUCUAGAGGAGGGAGUCUAUUUUAUUUGUGUUGUUGCUACUUCAGGUUUUCUUCAGUUCUCUUUGCAGUGAUUCAGAUGAUAACACAGCCCCUGACCUGGAGGGGCAGCUCCUUUCACUGCUGCUUGGAUGAAUUGUCUCUAUGUUGAUUCUUUAUUUUAGAAGCUGGAAUUUGUUUUAUUGUAAGCUCUUGACAAUUCCUCCGACACCUGUUUUGUUUUGGGUUUUUUUAUAUGCUUUGCUUAGGCUCUUGGCAUCCUCCCCUCCUUUUUCCCUUCCUCUGUAUUGAUGGGAUUUUCUUUUGGAGGGAGGGGCAAGGGGGGGACAGGUGUAUUAUCUGGAAAUUCUUUUCUUGAGAACCAGUCCCCCAAAAGGCUGUGCCACUCCCAGGCCCUAGACUUCUCUGGGAGACGGUUACCAGACUGGAAAGCACGUUUGAUGGUGUCAGGAUUAUUUUUAUAAAGGACCACACAAGAAGGUUUUGUCAACCAGGAAAUACACAGAAAUUUUAGUAUUAAUAAACAAUUCUUUCAAAGA